AGUCAGCUGACCAGAGGCGGAACAUGUUUGGGGAUGUCGCUCGGGGUCGGUUGGCGGUCCUCGCUGCCAUGGAGACGGCUGGCAGCCCGGCGCACCUACGUCAUCAGCAGCGCGACACGGUGGCAGCUCAUCAGCCUGCGACCGGCGGGAGACGGCGUUACCGAGCAAUCAUGUCCCAGACCGAUCUGGAGGAGCUGUCCGCGGCUUGGAACACCCUCAGCAUCGGCCUUGUGCCCGCCUCGGCUCUCGGCCUGGCAGCUCCUAGAUCUACAUCUGUGGAGUCCAUCAGGGAGAGUGAUCUUAAAGCGGCCUUAGAAGUGUUGCACAUCUAUGACCUGCACUCCGUCCUAGAGGAAUGGUUCACAGAGGUUUUGCAGAUGGAUUUGCAGAGGAACAUUGCACCGGAGUUCUGGAAUGGCAUCAAUCAGCAGGAGAAUGCGGUGGAGGAACAGCAGUGCAUCUUGCUGUUACUGGAAACCUUCCGUCUGCUUGUCUCCCGUCUAGACCCUUACUUAAAUAGCCUUGAGCUGUUGGGAAGGUGGGCGGACAUGGGCUUAUUGCUCGGUUCGGACUCCCAGGUGUUACAGGACAAAGUGUUCACCAUGUUUAAAGCCAUCCUCUUCUUCUCCACUUCUAAGACCUUCCAGAACAUGAUCCAGCAGUUCUAUAGCCGGACGUUUAAGAUCUACAUGAAGCAGAAGAAGAGGGGCGAGGACUGUGUCAGCGAUUGUGACAGCAGCAUGAAUGAAAACGAGCGUGAAAGCGAGGACAGAGACGCAGAGGGACCGGACUGUAGCGGCUGUGACAGCAGUAAAGACCAGUGCUGGUGUCAGACGGCCAUGGAACAGUUUCAGCAGCUCAACGGCAUUUUCCACAGGCUGAAUCUGCUGGAGAGGAUCUGCUCCGACGCGGUCACCACCAUCCUACACAAGAUGAUAGAGCAGAGGAUGGAGAAGAGGUGUCGGGGAGAUUACGAGAGAUCCUUCCUCAAUGAAUUCCAGGAGUGGAUUGAGACGGUGAUUGGCUGGCUCAGUAAGGUGUUUCCGCAGGACGGGUCUCAUCCGUCCUCUGCCGAGUCUAACAGCACCCUGAAGCGUUGGCGCUGCCACGUUCAACGCUUCUUCUACCGCCUGUAUGCCAGCAUGCGCAUCGAUGAACUUUUCUGCAUCAUCCGAGAUUUCCCUGACUCAAAACCAGCAAUUGAGGAUUUAAAGUUCUGUUUGGAGCGCACAAACCAGCGGCAACAGCUGCUCUCCUGCCUGAAAACCGCUCUGGAGACCAGGCUGCUGCACCCCGGAGUAAAUACAUCAGACAUCAUCACCUUGUACAUCUCGGCCAUUAAGGCUCUGAGAGAGCUGGAUCCAUCGAUGGUGAUACUGGAGGUGGCCUGUGAGCCUAUCAGGAAGUACCUGAGGACUCGGGAGGACACCGUGCGGCAAAUUGUGGCUGGUCUGACCGGAGAUGCUGAGGGUGAUUUGGCCAACGAGCUCUCGAAGGCGGACCCUGUGGUUCUAGAGAAUGGUCAGGAGAGUGACGAUGAUGUGUCUGAGCCAGAGGACUGGACGCCGGACCCGGUGGAUGCUGACCCUGGUAAAAGUGGUUCCAAGCGUCGGUCCUCCGACAUCAUCAGCCUCCUGGUCAGCAUUUACGGCAGCAAAGAGCUCUUUAUCAAUGAGUACCGGACCCUCCUCGCCGAUAGGCUCCUCCAUCAGUGCAGCUACAGUUCAGAGAGAGAGAUCCGUAACGUGGAGCUGCUGAAGCUGCGGUUCGGAGAGGCUCAGAUGCAUUACUGCGAGGUCAUGCUGAAGGACAUGGCGGACUCUCGAAGGAUCAACUCCAACAUCCGCGACGAGGAGGAGAAACUCCCGGAGGAGGAGCGGCCUCCGUUUAAUCUGGUGGCGGUGAUCCUCUCCAGCGAGUUUUGGCCGGCACUAAAGGAGGAGAAACUGGAGCUGCCCGAUCAGAUAAAAGAGACAAUGGAGAUGUAUACCGCAAAGUACGAGAAGCUGAAGGCGAUGCGGACUCUCAGCUGGAAGCACCACCUGGGGCUAGUGAGCUUGGACCUGGAGCUGGCUGACCGCACGCUGUCCUUCUCUGUCUCGCCUGUACACGCCGCAAUCAUUUUAAACUUCCAGACCAAGAGUACCUGGACCUUAGAAGAGCUGAGUGAAGUGUUGAAGGUGCCAGUCGCCUCCCUCCGGAGGAAGAUGACCCUCUGGAUACAGCAGGGUGUCCUCCGCGAGGACCCUCUCGGGACCUUCACCGUGAUUGAGGAGGAGCAGAAAGACCAGGCUGAGAAAGUGGUGUUAAUAGACAGUGACGAAGAAGGAGAUUCAGUGAUGGCCUCACAGGCUGACCAGAAGGAAGAGGAGCUGCAGCUCUUCUGGACCUACAUCCAGGCCAUGCUGACUAACCUGGAGAGCCUGCCCCUGGAGCGCAUUCACAGCAUGCUGAAGAUGUUCGUGAUGACCGGCCCCGUGGUGACGGAAAUCGACAUUCAGGAACUCCAGGGCUACCUCCAGAAGAAAGUCAGUGACCAGCAGCUGGUGUACUCUGGAGGGGUCUACAGACUGCCUAAGAACUCUAGCUAGCGAUAAAGACUGAUCUUACCCCAUGGAGAUACCAGCGUCUUUUCCCUGGCCAGAUCUGUGUCUGCGGGAUACAUACUGAUAUCUGAUGGCAUUCAGAUGGUGCUGCUCCCUUGUCACUGAGUGGUAUACGCAGCGUGACCAUCGGUUCGGGGUCUCCUGCGAUUUGCCUCCUGAGUUCAGCCGAUGGUUAGAGGAUUUGUGAUGCAGACCCUGCGCAGGGUUUCUCUGACCGGACACAACAUGCAGCAUCAUGGGGGAGGGGAGGCAAUCUUAUAACCUGUGCAAACUCGCACUGAUCUAAGGUCACUUUUUUUAUUUUAUUUUUAUUAAUAUUAAUCUGUGACGACACGAGCUGGAGGCUUAGUCCUAAGGAGUUGCUGAAAGCAGUGAGGUGUAAAAUAUGGAGACUUUGGUAUCUGUUAGCUUUCAUUACUAUGGGUGUAAUGGAAAAGAAAUGCUCCUGUUAAUGUGAUGAAUGUACUGCGUUUCCACUGUAUAUCUACGUGCCUGUAGGAAUUAGAGUUCUGCAGUAAAGCACCCGGGGUUCUGGAUGUACAGAUCUUACUUGGGGUUACAUUGUUGCACAUAGAGGAGAGCGUUACAUUGUUGCACAUAGAGGAGAGCGCAAUGGUCAGUGGCCUUGAGUCAAAGGAGAACAUUUGUCGCUGCCACUGCGUGAACGUAUGCAUAAGCAACAGCAGGAGUCUUGUGUAAAUGCCGGCUGCGCUGAUCUCCUGCAUCUGUGGACGCAGCGUCGGGUCAACAUUGCCGCCAUCUGCGUAACCCACAUUGGAAGAAGGCCAGCACAAUUCGUAGUACUUUAUAGCACCAGUAAUAUAAAGUGCAAAACCUGUUGUGCCCUGCACGGACUAUUAGGAUCUAGGUCAGUGGUUCCCAAACUCUGUCCCGACAGUUCCUGUUUUCUAGGUCACCUUGCAGGAGCACAGGUGUAGUCAUUACUGACGCAUGUGAUAAGAGAUCCUCAGGUGAAGCUAAUUAUUUCCCUUGUGAUUCUUUGAGGAAACAUGCACUUGACGACCGAGUUUUGGCUCCAAUGAUCGAGGUGGAGUCUUCUGUGACUCAAUGACCCCCACUCUUAUCUGUAAACGUUACAGAACCAUUGAAAUAUAAAUGCUGUUGUGUCGUUUGUGUCAGUUUAUUUUGUGUAUUAAGUAUAGUGACUUUUGACAGGGACAUUUAUUGCCAAAUAAAGUAUGUGACCACAGUAA